AUGAACGUGUGGAGCCACACUUUAGAAGACGGGUCAUUGUCAGAUGUUGGCACAGUCAAUGAGGAAUUGAUGGAGCAAGCUUGGUCGGAUUCUAAAGCAAACAGUGAUUCCGUACAUCAUGCCCGUGGACAGGGAAGUACCAAAAACCAAGUUAGAGCCCCUUUUGCCAACAACACUAGCUAUCACAAAAACGGGAGACAGCAAAAUCAAACCUACCACGAUAAUCCAAGAACCAGCUUCACUUUUGAUAACCACAAAGGAGGAAGCAACGGAGCUAGAGGUAGAGGACAAAGAGGUCGUGGUGGAGGACGAGGAAACACCAUGAGAGGAGGUGGUCCAAGUGUGAGAGGUGGUGGUGGUAUGGUUCCAAGUGCUACAACUUUAGUGAAUGGAAUCAUGGUACCGAAGUUUGGGCCAGGAGCCUUUGAGGCGUUGAAAACGGCACAAGCAAAUAGUAGUAGCGCCCAACUGUGA